CAGACUGGUAUUAUAAUUGAAUACAUAUAGUCAUUUUUUGUGUUCUUAAAUCAUUUAAAAUAAACAAAUCAAUGUCGGAACCAAACUUUUAUCCUGAAGAUAUUAUUAUUGGAAAGUCAAGUAAUGGGAGAGUAAGAUACGGUUUGAUUGAAAAGACUGUUGACAUGGAGUCUGAUGACGAGUCUGACUCUGACAUGGAUGAUUACAGUGAUAAUGAACUGGAACCAGGUCAUGUGAGGUUGACUUGGUAUCCAGAAGGAUCAGAGGAAACCGUGCACGAAUCAAAAAUACAGUUGGUUGAUCGUUCAACUUUACCAAGAGAUGUAGUUCAUGAAAUGAAUGGAAGCCAGCUCGGAACAGUGCUUGAUGUGGAUGUACACUGUGAUGUUGCAGUUGUGGGAACAAACAAAAUACUUAAGAAUAUUCAUUGCAAGUCACUUAAACGCAUCUAUCCAUUAAUGGAUGGAGAUUUGGUGGCAUAUGGACCUUGGGUUGGUCAUAUUUCAAGUGCUGUUGGACUUCUUGUUCUUAGAUUCUCAAAUGGUGCAAGAGGGAAAAUAAACUUACAGGACGACAGUUGUGAACAGCUGGAUGAUCUUUACCCACAUGCAAGUGAUGAUGGAUCAUUCUUUGAUUCUGAGUUUUACCCUGGUCAAGUCUUGUCAGGACCCGCCAAAUGUUUUCGUAAAAUGUUGUGGUUCCCUGGUGUUCCACCACCCAAUUUAAAAUCAAAAUCUAGAUUUAAAGUUAUUCUUGAACAGUUAGAGUUGGCUGCAGUGCAUGUUAAAUGGAUACAACGAGCUUUUUCAUCGCCAAACGAAAAGAAAAAAGAUGACAAACCAACAUCACCAAGUGAUAAAUCAAAACCUGAUCCAAUUUUAUCAGCGGAGCUAGGUGCCAAGACAGAGUUAACAGAAUAUGAACGCAAACUUUGUCUCUCGACCAACCCUGCAGAACCCCCACCUGAUGUAAUACAUGGGGAACAUCUUAAAUAUUUAAAGACACUACAAUACUUCUGGACUGGCAACCUUGUGUUGGGCACACGAAUGCAAUAUCAGCUGACAGCAAAUGAUGUUGAACAAAUAAACUUACAACCCAAUAAUGAUAAAAAACUUAAACGAACAAGACGUGUCUUUAGUACAAGAAAAAUGGACAGAAAAAUGGCAAGAAUGUCUGACAAUGCAUCAGCCGUUCCUCCAGCAAAAAGGAGAGGAGACAAAAAGUCCUCGAAAGCCAAAGAGACAGGGAAUAACCAGGAAGACUCAGAAGAUGAGUUUUCCAACACAGAGGAUCAGAAUCACGAUGUUAACGAAUUUUGGGAAGACGCAGCGGAUGUUGCAGGGGGGGAUCAGGAACAAAGAUGUGAAGAUUUAGAUAAAGAUGAAGAAGAGAAAGAUGAUAUUGACAAGUUCUGUUAUUCAACCGAUCCUCUUCCUAAUUCAUUUGCUUGCCAGCUUGGAGAUUUUAGCUUAAAGUUUUCAGUUACUGGCAAAGAAAAACAAGCUUUGAAUGUAAAUCUUGAGAAUCCUAAUUGCAGUCCAGAAAUAUUGAAAGCAUUGAGUGAAGGUCUCGAGGCCGAAAUCUCUCCAAUUAGAAGAUCCAAAUUUUACUGGAGAGGGGGAAUAUCCAGUAAUAAGAUGGUUGCAAAACUGCUUAAACUUUUACGGAAACUUUCGCUACAAAUGAAUUUGUUGCAAGAUGAGAAUAUCAAAUAUGAAUACAAAGUAGGAGAGAACACAGUAUCGGGGUACAUGGACAACACAGGAAAGCAGGUCGAACUUACAUUUACUGGCGACUCGGAACAAAAGACAUCAGAUGAUGGUUGUGAAUCGGAAGUUCCUAACCAGGGACCAUCAAAUGAAACACUGAAUAAUUGGGACGGUAAUCGGUUUACGAGCGGCCCCAUUGCUCAACGUCAAGCUGGACCUAAAGUCAUAUUCCAACCUGGACAAAAUGUUACUGUGGAAGUGGUUUGCACCCAUACCACCGCUGACAUCGAGUGGCAAGAUGGUACAAUGUCGCGAGGUAUUCCGUCAACUGGUGUCCGACAAGCCCAUCAUGUUGAUGAUAACGAUUUCUGCCCGGGAGAUUUUGUCUAUGAUGAAGCAAAUUCUGGUGAUGUGCAUUUGUAUGGUUUGAUUCUGAGUGCUGAUAAUGCAAAUAGAAUGGCAAUAGUGUAAUGGUUCAGACUUGAUACAUCAACAAACAAAGUAACCACUCUACAUAAAGAAGAGGUGAGUGUGUACCAAGUUGCGGAUCAUCCUGAUUUUCAUUUCCGGAUCUCUGACAUCAUCAUCCGAAUCUCCUCCAUGAGUGAUGAGGAGCAUGGGGAGGAGCAAUUGAUCGGAGAGCUGCUUCGAGUGAAUCCAAACGGAAAAUUACAAGUUUUGUGGAGUGAUGGGAGCCAGGGUGAAGUCUAUCCACAGGCGGUGAUGCAGAUAAGCUCUGAUGAAUAUGA